AUGAAGGCCUCCCCGCACAUCAAAUCGAGCGCGCUGGCGCCCUCGCCAACAGCCGCCUUCUUCCCACCCUCCUCCUCAUCACGGCACAACAGCUCGUAUCCCUCCAACGCAGUGGUGGAAGAUGACGAAGCGCUCGACGAGAUCCGUCGUUACGAAUCCUUCUCUACCGUCGAUUGGGUUGUCGAUAACACCCGCGAACGCAAUCGUCUAGCACGUGAACGCCAAGCAGCUUCCGCACAUUUCGUCUCCUCUUGCUCCUCCAAUUCUCAUCUCGCCAACGGAAGGAGUCGUAGUGGUGGGGACGCUGAUGCAGCCUGGGGUCAUAUCGGGUUUGGAAGGGCUGGUGUACCGCCAAGAUGGUGGCCCAGAGGUCCUUGGGGUAGGCGAGCAUGGUUGCUGUGGGGCAUCGUGAAAAGUGCCUUAUCGGCAUUUACGAAUAGCGGUGUGAUAGUGUUGGUCGGGAUAUUGAUCGGCUUGAAUAUGGGCGUCAUCAGUUUGGCGACCGAGUGGGCUUCGGAUUUGAAGCAGGGGUACUGUAGUUCGGGGUGGUGGUUGAAUCAGAAGUUCUGCUGUUGGGAGAUGAUGGAUCAGGCUGGGCCGGGUGGAGCACCCUUACCAGCUGCAGCGAAGGUGCUGGCUACUGCAACGGUCACUGCGACUGCAUCCUCUUCCAAAGCAGACGCAGCAGCGGCAGCUCUCUCAUCUUCAGCAUCAGCUGCUACCGCAACCCUCGCAGCCGCAGCAAGAGACGCCUUCAACUUGACAACACGUGCCCUUCCCGAGCACGAAAUAUGGUCCAGAUCCGCAGACACCAUCUUCCACGACGGUUUUGGCUCAGGCCUACAGCUCCUCUCCAGACGAGCAGAAGGAGCAGCAUCAGGCGGAGGCGAUUUCAGCGAGACUUGCACCGAUUGGGUUCCUUGGUCCAGAUGGACCUUCCCUGCAUGGAUCAUCUACAUUCUUUUCUCGGGCUUGCUCUCUUUCGUUUGCGCGCACCUCGUCAAGUCGUUUGCGCCUUAUGCAGCCGGUAGUGGUAUUUCGGAGAUCAAGUGCAUCUUGGCAGGCUUCGUGAUCAACGGCUAUCUCGGAUUCUGGACGCUCGCGAUCAAGUCUCUCACCCUCCCGCUAGCUAUCGCCUCGGGUCUCAGUGUUGGUAAGGAAGGUCCGGCGGUGCAUGUGGCAUGUUGCAUCGGCAAUGUAGUAGCCUCUUUCUUCCGCUCCUUCAACCGGAGUCAAGCAAAGAUGCGAGAACUGUUGACGGCCUCCUCUGCUGCCGGUGUUGCUGUUGCUUUCGGCUCGCCCAUCGGUGGAGUGCUCUUCUCGCUGGAGGAGAUGGCAUACAACUUCCCUGCUUCGACAAUGUGGCGUUCGUUCUUGUGUGCGCUGGCAGCUACGGUGACGUUGUCAUUCAUGAACCCGUUCAGGACGGGCAAGUUGGUUCUUUUCCAAGUCUCCUACGACCGAGACUGGCAUUAUUUCGAGAUCAUCUUUUAUAUCCUCAUCGGGAUCUUUGGUGGUCUUUACGGCGCUUUCGUCAUCAAGUACAACCUUCAGGUUCAGUCUUUCCGACGCAGCUAUCUCGCCAAACACGGUGUCAGCGAAGUGGUUAUCCUUGCGACACUGACAGCAUUCAUCGGCUAUGCGAACAAGUUCUUACGAAUCGACAUGACCGAAUCCCUCGAAAUCCUGUUCAGAGAAUGCGAAGGUGGAGGAGACUACGACAAUCUCUGUCAGACUUGGGCACAGUGGCGUAUGGUCAACUCUCUACUCCUUGCCACUGUGUUACGUACAGCACUGGUCAUCAUUUCUUACGGCUGCAAAGUACCAGCUGGUAUCUUUGUCCCUUCGAUGGCUAUCGGUGCCACGUUUGGCAGGAUGGUCGGCAUCCUGGUCAAGGCGCUGUACAACACUUUCCCGCACUGGUCUCUUUUCAGUGCAUGUCAACCCGACGUACCUUGCAUCACCCCUGGCACGUACGCAUUCUUGGGCGCUGCAGCAGCACUAGCGGGAGUCACACGAAUCACAGUAGCAGUGGUAGUGAUCAUGUUCGAACUCACCGGUGCUCUCACCUACAUCUUACCAACGAUGAUCGUCGUAGGUAUCACCAAGGGUGUUGCUGAUUGGUUCUCGCGCGGAGGAAUCGCGGAGCAGAUGAUCAAAUUUUCCGGCUAUCCAUUCUUGGAUAAGGACGAUCACAGUUUUGGUAUCCCCGUUGCUGAUGUGAUGCGUGUGAAUCCGCAGGUGAUCUACGCGGGGGGUAUGAAACUGAGUGAACUGGAGAGCAAGUUGGCUGAUGGAACAUACAAAGGCUUUCCCUUGGUGCAGAGUAAAGAAGAUUCAACCUUGUUGGGUUACGCAGGCAAGGUGGAGUUGCGGUAUGCGAUUGGAAAAGCGAGAAGGGCGAGAGCGUUGGGAGGGGAGACGAUGUGUUUGUUCAGUAUUGGACCAAAUGCAGUUGGAUCUAGAGGACAACAGCAGGAUCUGUUAUCGGUUGCAUCAUUGCCAACGACAGCGGCGGCGGAUCGAGCGGUGAGAGAGAACAUAUUGAGUCGGUUUAGCGAGGCUACUGGUGCAGGAACUGCGUUGGGGCUCGGUGCAGGUUCUGGGAUUGCAAGUGGCAGUGCUGGACAAAGACACGAGUCGGAAUCGCUGAUUGGGAGACUCGAUGACGACCAAGGUGAUGAUGACGAACACAACCACCGCCCGCCUCCGUCCUAUCGGGUUGGCACAGACGCAGGCGAGGAUGGCGCAGGUAACGAGGCCGAUGACCCGAUCCUGGGCGAGGCCGGAGGAGGCGUUGACGGGGAAGGAGAUUGCGACAUGCUUGAAUUGGCAGGCUGGAUCGAUCCGGCCCCACUCAUCGUUCAACCGGGUAUGGCGCUGGAAACUGUGAUGGACAUGUUCAAGAAUCUUGGUCCUCGAGUUAUUCUCGUUGUUGAAUACGGCAAGCUCUCGGGUCUCGUCACUGUCAAAGAUGUGCUCAAGCGGAUCGCACAGCAGGAGAAAGCGGAAGCAGCGGCUCGUUCUGCUGCGAUGCAGCUGCCCACUAGCGGACCCUCGAGCAAUCUUGCCGGCGGUCACAGUGAAGAGAGUUUCGGAGGCGGAGAGCUGGAAGUACUGCUCAAGGAGGCGUACGACUGGGCGCAGGACAAGUGGAGGGUGGUUGCUCCUCAUAUAGAUCGCAUUAGCAGUCGGGUUGGGUUGGGAGCAGGAGGAAGCUGGAGGAGGAAUGGGAGGAGACAGCAGCAGGCAGGAGGAGGAAAUGGAGCAGGGUCGGCUUACUGGCAUCUCAGAGGCGAUACUGUGGAGGAUAGGUACGAUGAGACGGCGGAUCCUGAGGAAGCAGUACCGAUGUCGUCGACUGCAUCGCAGCAGAGACAAAAGAGGAGAAGUGAAGAGCAUGAACACUUGGUUUUAGGCGAUGAGGACGAGUAA